AUGGAACAAAAAACAAUAUUAUCAUUGUUGUAUACGUCAACAUACUCAUACAACAAGUAUAAAGAUCAGAUAUAUAAGCCUGUAUUAGGCAAACAUAUUUUCGAUUGUAUUUACAAAUAUUUAAUACUUAAUCGAAUUAACAUAUCGCUGCAGCGAAAUUACCGGUUGGUUCUUCAUUGUGGGUGGUAUCGACAACAUUAA